AUGGAUAACAGUGAUGAAAUCGAGUUGGUUUCCGGUCGACCUCCACCCCAGAGUCCUUCAGAGGGAACUUCCACCAUACCCCAGGCUACUCAAACACCGCUCCGUGCAACGAGCAAUCACAUUCUACCACCAGGGUAUGUGCCAAACUACAGCCUCCAUGCUGCCCCUGGUACCUCUAACAUGCGACCUCCAGUCGCACCAGUCAGGAACACCCCUCACGUCGUGUCUGGCGCACUGGUAUAUACAAUCCUGCCACCACCUCCUGUGAUGAGGCCAAACAAUGAGCCACCAUCUCAUGCUUAUGAUGGCUCAUACUAUUCUCCAAAUAUGGCUUUUGGAGUCUCGUCUCCAUACAAUCAGACUCCUCAGUACGAGUCACUAGUGGAAAAUGAAAAGCCUGCCACGACGGUUGAGCCAGAUGAGAUGAACAUGAUGUCUGCGAUGGGUAGACCUUUUGCAGAAGCAAUCAAAAUAGGGGAGAUGGUCGAAAAUGGCCUCAAGACUGGCAGAAUUGUAAGUCAAGCUGCUCUCAAGGCUACCACCCAAGCUAUUCAAAAUGGGUCGGGAGGUUUGGCAAAUAGAAAGAAGAGAUAUGAAGGGUCCAUGAUGAUUUCGAGAUCUAGGGAAGUUCAAAGAGGGGCAUCGCACCCUUAUGUGCAAGUUCAGCACGGACAAUCCAGCUAUCCUCAACAUUACUAUCCCCCGCCAAUUCCUCAAUACUCUGUACGGGCACCAGCUCCAAGGGCCCCCCGACCUCAACAACAAAAUUUUCGGGCACCCUACAAUGCUCGUCCCAGGCAGGAUUAUGGUCGAGAGCAGAGGGCGGCAGAAAAAUUCACUCCAUUGGCCGAAUCAUACUCUAGUCUAUUCCAAAAACUGAAGCAAAUGGGCGUGAUUGGACCCAUCGCUCCCCACCAUAUGCAUCCUGAUUCACAUGGAUUUCAAGCAAAUGCCAGAUGUGAGUAUAAUUCAGGUGCCCCGGGGCAUAGCACUGAUGACUGUUGGACUCUGAAAAGAGCCAAAGAGAGACUCAUUUCUGAAAAAUUAAUUGUAGUGACAAAUGGCGAAGACCCUCCUAAUGUGACAAACAACCUGUUGCCAGCACACAAUGAUGUUCAUUUUGUGGGAAUGAUUGGCCGAGAUCAAGAAUACAAGCCGGUCGAUCGAGCAAAAAUGACAGUGGGUGCAAUUCAAGAAGGAACUGGUCUGGAAGUAAGUCCCAGCCGAGAUGUGCCAUUGAUUGUGAAAGGCGCCCAGAGCUCAAACAAGGAAACUUUAUUUGUUCCAAAAAUCUUGAGGUUGGAAGUUCACUCCAGUGUUCCAAGCCCAAGGUUAUAUGUACUUGGAGGCCACCCUGUCACAAGGCAGAAGCAGGGAGGUUCGAAAGGUAUAACAGAGCCGAUCAUAAUUAAACCUGCCAUGCAACCCCCUGUGACCAACACAAAAACCACUCCUUGGAACUACAACAAAACUGUGAUGACCUACAAAGGCAAGGAAAUCAUAGAGGAAGUGGGGGAAACUGGAGGUUUGACUCGAUCGGGGAGAUGUUACUCUCCAGAAGUGUUGAGGAAGGCCAUGAAAAUCAGAGAAGGCCAAUUGCCAAUAAAGAAACCAGUCACCGAAGCAGAGGCGGAAGAGUUUUUGAAAAAGAUGAAAGUUCAGGAUUACUCAAUCAUUGACCAGCUAAGAAAGACUCCUGCCCAAAUCUCUCCAGUAUCUCUGCUCAUACUUUCCAAAGAGCAUGCCCAUGUACGAAUCAAGGUCCUGAACGAGGCACAAAUCUCAGAGGCGACCACAGUAAAUCAGUUAGAGAAAAUCGCCAACAGAUUUUUUGAGGUGAACAGAAUCUCCUUUACUGAUGAUGAACCUCCCGAGUAG